GAAUCCAACAAUUUAUUUGUUGGUGGCGGCUAUGUGUUUAACCUAAUAUCUUUUUAAAAUGAAAAUAAAUUAUGAUUAUCUCUGCUUAAAUGAUGCUAUUAAAAGGUUCUCUACCUUAUGAGCUGGCAACCAGAGUGCAGGGUAUCCGUAUCUCAAUCAUAUUUCUUGCUAGCUAGCACUAGAAUGAGAUGUAGAUUGUUUUAUCUGAAUUAGAUUUCCUUUUCCAACACCCCACACUCCACCCCACAAAAAAAAAAGAAAAAAAGAGAAUUCCUUUUCUAUCUUCCUUCUUCAGAUCGUAUCUGCAGUAAUGUGGGUAAUAGGACAGGCUUCCUGCACAGUUUCUUGUUUGAAUGUAGCUUCCCCAAUUAUGGACUUGAUAAGUUCUCAUUAAAUCCCUCCUGUCCUCUUUCUUCCUGCUCUUCUCACUGUUCCUUCAACAUUAGCAAAAAGGGAGGAGAUCACUGCUUCCUCAGGUAUCGAAGCUACUAGUUCUUUUGCAAAAGAAGUUUAAGGCUACAUUGGAUUGACAAUUGUUAAUCCCUGAGGAAGAUACUAGCUUUUUUAUACGAGGAUCACCAUGUUGAGGCAGGUAACAAGUAGGAACCAGAGAUCCAAAGGGUUCACCAUGAAAAAUGCUCUUCAAGUGUGCCUGCUGGUCGUUGUUUGUGCCUGGAUUCUCUACCAGAUCAAGCAUUCUCAUGAUAAGAAGAAGGGAUACGAUGAGAGGGGCUCGAAGGUCUCAUACAUGAGACACCCAGAGAGCAAUGCUAAUUUUCACAGGAAGGAGCUGCCUUUCACGGGCAGUUCUGAUGCUGUAACUCAGACGAAGAUCGAUGGUGGUACAAAAGAUGGAGAUGAAGACAUAACUCAAGAAUUGAAGCACAAACAAGUUGGAAAUGGAGAUGAAACGAAUGGUCGAAUCGAAGAGCCGCGGGUUGUUGAUAACCAAACGUAUGAAGAUGCAUCUCAUAAGGCUCGAGAAAAGAGUUUCACAGGGGAUGAUGCGUCCAGUGAGGUAGUCCCCACUACCCCUGAAGUAGAAAACCAAGUGGCUUCUCAUGCGGCAGAAAAAGGAAGUCUCAAAGAUGAUGUUGUCUCCAGCUCUGUAGAUCAUGUUACCGAAUCUGAAGAUGUUGGUAUCAGAAAUUUGGAUGAGAAUCUUAUGGAGAGUGUAAAGAAAAAGGAUGAAGAGGCUAAAAAUGAGGCUAGUGAAUCACUUGAUCGAGAUUUAGAAGGCUCUGAUUCAGGUGCUUCAGAACAGCUGGAUUUUUCUGAAGCAAACAAUCCAGAUGUUGGUCUAAAAGGAAAUCAGACUUGGCCUUCAGAAUCAGAGAUCAGAAUUCCUACACCUGAGAACAGGUUUCAAGAAAAUACGACGAGAGAUGAGGAACCCAGUACUCACAUCGGGCAGCACCCUGUUCUAACAACUGCAAGUGCCAUCGAUGAUCAAGCAGAACUGAGACCGAGUUCGAAUAAUCAGAUGAAUUUAACAACCACAAAAUCUGCAUCAGUAUCACACAACAAAAGUGAUCUUACUCGGGCUGACCCGAAAGAGGUGAAUGGAGCUACCAACUGGUUGCAUUCAGUUCAAGGCCAAAAUGCUACAACUGAGACAGGAAACAUAUGGGAAAAAUCCAGCUUUGAGUAUGGGCAGACAAACGAAUCCGAGAAAUCCAAGACUACCAACAGACCAGAGGAACAAGAAAGGAGCUCUAAAACAUUCUCAACUCCAGAUGGCAUGGCAAAAACAGUUUCAGUAGAAUCAGCUGACACAUUGCUUGGUAUGAUCAUGCAGGAACAAGAGAAGGCAAAGAGUGGAAAUCAGGAUGCUGCAGAGUAAAUAAUAUGGUUUAGGUUGGUGCAAAUUUUGCCAGUAUGUAAAUGCUAAUUGGUAAUGCUUGGGAAUGAUCACAGUUUGGUUUGCAUAAGUCAUGUUUAGUGACACUUGCCAACAUUCUUAGCAGCACAACAAUGAUUUGUGUGGGCUACAUCUUUUACUUCCUUCAUUUUUAAUGUUUGUAUGAUCUGAUUAUUGAGGUGAAUGAAUAUCUCCCGUGGUUAAAUACUGUCA